AUGAACGGCGUUAUUGAAGCGCUGCACAUCUACGAUGACAACAGAAACCCCAUCCUGUCGCACACCUACACCGGCCGGCCUCUCUCGGCCUCCCACCUUCUGGCCCUCUAUCUCGAGCAUCCGUUUCCGCGGCCGAGCCUCAUCUACCUCCCCAACGCAAACCCGCCGACGCUCGUCUUCAGCCUGACGCACUCCAAUCUGCUGUUCCUGGCCACUUCGUCCACCGAGAUUGAACCCCUCCUCGUGCUCGAGUUCCUGCACCGAAUUGUCGAUGCCUUUGAGGACUUUGUGGGGGCGCCCUUGCUGGCUGUCAAGCUCGAAAACAACUACGAUGUCAUUGCGCAGCUUCUGACGGAGAUGUGCGAUGCCGGCACGGUCAGCACGACGGAGCCCAAUGCUCUGCGAGAGGUCGUCGAGAUGGAGGGCUGGGUCGACAAGCUGCUCGGUAGCAUCAACUUGCCAGGGAAAUCCCCGCUUAACACAACUCCGGCCGCGCCGUCACUGAUAGCCGCCAACACGCCAGCCGUGCCCUGGAGACGAGCCAACGUACGGCACACCUCAAACGAGCUCUACGCCGACGUCGUCGAGACCCUGUCCGUAACGCUGGCCCCGUCAGGGAGGCCGCUGGCUGCGUUCGCUAAUGGAACGAUUGCGUUUACGUCAAAGGUGUCGGGCGUCCCCGAUGUCCUGGUGACGCUCGGCAGUCCGUCGGGGAAGCAUAACAUAGGCGGCAUCAUGGAACUGCCCGUCUUCCACCCCUGCGUUCGAUUGGCACGGUGGAAUGAGCGACCCGGGGAGCUGAGUUUCAUACCACCCGACGGACGGUUCAUUCUGGCUGGUUACGAGGUUGAUCUGCUACCAUUUACUAGUGGGAAGAGUGGGAGCGUCAGCUCAAACAAUCUCAAGCUUCCCGUCAAUCUUGAGAUGAAAACCGGGCUUGGGCCGGUGGGGUCCGAGUUUGAGGUCAGGCUGCAAACUAACAAGAUCUUUGGCACGCCGAAUUCAUCAGCAGUAAGCCAAUUGAGCCGCGCAGGAGUUCCUGGACGGUUAUCGUCACCACAUCCCGGGAGCCCAAGCUCGCCGCUACUCGACGAUUUGAUUGUCACCAUUCCUCUGCCCGAAGACGUGAGGAACUUGUCAGACAUUAGGCCGUCCCGGGGGGAUGCAAGCUUCAACAGAGCCGAGGGGCGCCUCGAGUGGCACAUCCCGGCAAAGGAGAUUUCUGGCCCGACGUCUCAUUUCGGGUUGAGGUGUACGGUGGUGGGAUCUCUGGCCGACGACGAAGAGGAGGAGUUUGAUCCUACGGGAUUCGGGUUUGGCACCGAUUAUGCAUACAACGAGCCAUACCAAAGCACGGCCGUCAAGUCAGGCAAGGACAAGGCGGGCGCAGAUGAUGAGCAGGAUCCUAAGAAGACGGCGCAGAACAAGAUUCUGAUGCCUAGUUCGGCCGCCGUGAGCUUCUCGGUCAAGGGAUGGCUGGCGAGCGGACUGAAGAUUGAGAGCAUAGUAUUAGACUCGAGGAAAAGCCGGGGGCUCAGCGAGGGCGUGAAGCCGUACAAGGGCGUCAAGUACCUGACGGUCAGCAAGGGAGGAACGUACGGGAGUUGUAUUGCCGUUCUCACUGUUGAUUCCUUUCGUCGUCUUGAGCCAAUGAUACCGUCUAACCCGAUGCCCGAGCCAAGUCCGAGGCAGCUUCGCGGCUACCCCCCUCCGGCAACCGUAUUGAUUGUAACCAAAGGUGAUCCUCUGGGCUCAACAGUCUUGUCUGCCCCAACAAUGCUUUUUGCAGCAUCUGUGUCAAAUGCGUCAGAGCUGACCCGGGCUCUGCGAUGCUGCGCGCCGGCCUCUGGAGCAUCGUCUGCCGCGACCUGUCCGGUGCGAUGGAGCUCGAGCCGGCCUGGGAGGCCGCGGACGGCGAUUUUCUUCCCGGGCCAGGGAGUGCAAAAGGUCGGCAUGCUGUCGCCGUGGCUGGAGGCGUUUCCCGCGACGGCUUCGCACAUCAUCCAGGAGAUUGACGACGUCGCCGGCUUCAAGAUCUCCGACGUCAUCCAGAACGGCCCGUCCAAGGUCCUGACGCAGACGACCAUGGCCCAGCCCGCCAUCAUGGCCACGUCCAUCUUCAUCCUGCGCAUCCUCGAGCGCGAGUUCGACUUUCGAGUCGCCGACCACUUCGACGUUACGCUGGGGCAUUCUCUGGGCGAGUUCACGGCCCUGGUCGCGGGGGGUUACCUUGCCUUUGAGGACAGCUACUAUCUCGUGCAGCGGCGCGCGGCCGCCAUGUCGGAGGCGACGAAGAAGGCCAUCCAGGAGUACGGGGGCGAAUAUGGAAUGGUGGCGGUGAUUACGGAGCCCGAGUACAUGCAGCCCUUGAUCAAGGCGAUCCGCGACUUUGUCGGGCACUCGAGCGACGGGAGCAAGUCGGAGAGCAGCGAGGACGUGCCGCCGAUUGAGCAGGUGUUGAUUGCCAACAUCAACAGCAAGAACCAAAUUGUCCUGAGCGGCAACAUGGAGAGGAUCAAGACGCUGAUAGCCCAUGUCCGCCAGUUCUUGGGCCACGAUCCGCGCGCCGUGCGGCUGCACAGUGAUAGUCCCUUCCACAGCCCUAUUAUGAAGCCCGCGGUGACGGUCAUGAAGAACAUCCUGGCCAAGAAGAGCCGCGUGCCUGGCCGGGAGGACGAGGACAUGGUCACGUUUCCGGGCUUGAUGCCGUGCAUCAGCAAUGUCUCGGCCAGGCCGUUUGAAAGCAAGGAGCAGCUCAAGGACUUAUUGGCCCGAGGGUGCCUCGAGACGGUACGGUGGUGGGCGUCCAUCAAGUAUCUCGACCAGGAAGAGAAGGUCAGGCGAUGGGUAGGCAUCGGGCCUGGCAAGGUAGGAAGGAAUCUGGUGGGAAAAGAGGUGGGCAUGAGGGGGAAGGAUUUGGUCAAGGGAGGCGGCGUCUGGGCGAUUACAGAUCCGUUUGAGGUGGAAGAGGUGCUGCGAGGGCUGGAAGAGACGGCCAACAUUGUAGAUGACGAAGAAGAGUGA